GGAAGGCGGACCCAGGCGGUCAGCUCCACGUGACUUCUCACUAUGGCUUCACUGUGUUGUGGCCGGCUGUCUGGUGGUCUUGUGUGAUUUGGUACUUGUCUGUGGCAGGGUAAUCGUCUCUCGACAUCGACAUGCAAAAAAUCAAAUCUCUAAUGACCCGGCAGUGCGCUCAUUUGUCUCCUGUGCCACUUGUAAGCUGCCUUGGGGCUGUCGACUUUUUGUCCCUAAGGGUCUGAAAAGCCCUCCAGAGAGCCUCAGUGAUCUUGGUGCCUUUGAGAGUCUUCAGGUCCCUGGAAAGGAGGAAUUCAGGGAGCUUCGAGAACAGCUGAGUGACCCUCAAGUUGAACAAGAGCUAAUUAAUAGUAUCGAGCAAGUCUAUUUUUCUGCGGACCCAUUUGAUAUUGUUAAAUAUGAGCUGGAGGAUUAAGGAGUCAACACUAGAAAUGUUCCUGUCUAGAAUCUUGGCAUCUUGGACCAAUUCAGCCAUACAUAUCCUUGGAUCAAGGAUAUCUUUUCCCCAAGCCUAAAAGACUCUCUGAAUGGGGGUUCCAGCAUAGCUAGGAGACUUUUGGAAUACGUCUAUACACACUGGGAACAUCCAUUGGAUGCUCUGAGACACCAAACCAAAAUCAUAUUCAGAAAUCUUCUGCAAAUGCACCGGCUCACUACAGAAGGGGCAGAUUUAGUGACCGACUCUUUCUUCCUGGAAUUGACUAAGAGUCUUCUCCAGUUAGAAUGGCAUAUUAAAGGGAAGUAUGCAUGUCUUGGCUGUUUGGUUGAGAGUAUUGGAAUUGAGCAUAUUUUAUCAAUAGAUAGAAUAAUUCCAUCUCAGAUCUUAGAGGUGAUGGGAGACCAAUCAUUGGUACCUUAUGCAAGUGACCUUUUGGAAACCAUGUUUCAGAAUCAUAAGAGCCAUUUGAAGUCCCAGACUGCCACCAAUACUUGGAUGGAUGAAUGGCAUGAGACUUGGGUUUCUCCUCUCCUUUCUAUACUGUGUGGAGGAGACUUGGAUCAGAAGUCUUAGGUGAUCGAUUAUUACUUGCCAAGGUUACUGAAUUACAGCCCUGAAAGCCUGCAGUACAUGGUGAAGAUUCUUCAGGCAUCGAUUGACACUGAAGCUGGGGCUUGUAAUCGCAGAGGGGCUCUGGGAGCUUUGAUGGCGUGUCUACGGACAGCUAGAGCUCAUGGACAUCUUCAGUCUGCAACUCAUGCCUGGGAGAGCCUUGUGUGUGGGGCAAGGAUAAAGCAAGGCUUAAUUCACCAACACUGCCAAGUGCGGAUAGAUACACUAGGUUUGCUUUGUGAAAGUAACCGGAGCACAGAAGUGGUCUCUCCAGAAGAAAUGCAGUGGGUUCAGUUCUUUAUCACGUAUAAUCUCAACAGCCAGUCUCCAGGGGUGCGGCAGCAGAUUUGCUCGCUCCUUAAAAAGUUGUUUUGCAGGAUACAAGAAAGUUCUCAAGUACUUUAUAAGUUGGAGCAAAGAAAAUCCACACUUGACUCAGAGAACCGGUCCAGCAGAGAGCAGCCUCCUGUCUCUUUGCAGCAGUAUAAGAAUUUCAUGUCAUCUGUUUGCGACAUUCUUUUUGAAGCAUUGUUUCCUGGAUCUUCCUACUCAACAAGGUUUUCAGCUUUAAGCAUAUUGGGAUCAGUAGCAGAAGCGUUUCCUGUCUCAGAAGGGUGCCCACCAAGGCCAGAAGACAGCAUUGGACUCUUUGAACUGGAGGUGCCGAUGGGGGUGAGAUACCAUGUGGUGCUGGAAACUGAACCUGGGUCUUCUAUAAGAGCAGCAAGUGCUCUUAACUACUGAGUCAUCUUUCUAGAAUCAUGAAGAUUUUAAAAACUGGGUUUCUAAGUUUAUUUGUUCAUUUUUAUUUUCAAAGUAACUGAGAGAUCUUUCAUACCCUUUCAAAGGGAAUAAAAUAUUUUUAAGACUUAAAAAUGUGUUUUAUAUUUGUAAAGCUGUAGUACUUACUUUGUCAUUUGAAGAGAUGCAGUUUAUGCUAUUGUAUAGUGUAUGCUGUGUAAAGGAUGAAAUGAAAUUUUAUUGUGGGUAAAGUAGGAGGUAUGAAUUUUGUACUGAUCUUAUAAAAGUAUCUGACCAAGAUAA